UCAGACAGUUUCCAGGCUCCACCUCUCCUCAGUAUUUGAGGCUCGGAGUCACCAAUCCAAUCCGACACAUGUGCCAUAGUGUUGCUGCUACUAAACACGCACAACUCGCCAUCCUAUCAUACAUACCAUUUGACAGCCUCAAUACAAUAGCGUUGCAGACUGUGUGAAGAGCCUGGAAGUUUGACCAACAAGAGGAGAUCCCAGCCCUGGGAAUAUUGUGUUGGAGGGGGUGGAGGGUGGAACGGAUUCAUUUAGAGAGGAGAACAAGAAAUAAACGAUUGAUUCGUUUUGGUUAAAAGAUUGUUUGGACACCAUGGGUUCCGAUGUGCGGGACCUGAACGCUUUGCUGCCGGCAGUCUCCACUCUGACCCCGGGGAACAGCAGUUGUACCAUGCCGGUGAGCAGCGCUCCCCAAUGGGCGCCGGUGCUGGACUUUCACCCGGGGGCUUCUUACAGCGCUCCGAUCGGCCACCCGUCCUUCAUCAAGCAAGAGCCGAGCUGGAGCGCCAGCGAGCCCCACGACGACCACUGCCUCAGCGCUUUCACUGUUCACUUCUCCGGUCAGUUCACCGGCACGGCCGGGGCCUGUCGUUACGGAGCGUUCGGCGCUCCACCGCCCAGUCAGGCGCCUCCGAGUCAGGCGAGAAUGUUCACCAACGGAGGCUACCUCAACCAUUGCAUGGACACGCAACCGCCAGCCAGGAACCAGGGUUACAGCGCUGUGGCUUUCGACGGGACUCCAGGUUACGGUCACACUCCGAGUCAUCACACUCCUCAGUUCUCGAAUCACGCCUUUAAACAUGAGGAACCCAUCAACCAACAGAACAGUAUAGGAGAGCAACAGUACCCGGUCCCUCCGCCAGUGUAUGGCUGCCACAACUCUACAGACAGUUGUGCUGGGAGUCAGGCUCUGCUGUUAAGAUCCCCAUAUAACAGCCACGCGACAGGAUAUGAGACUGACAAUCACAAUGCUCCUAUGUUGUACAGCUGUAGCACGCAAUACAGAAUACAUACACAUGGGGUGUUCAGAGGGCUUCAGGAUGUUCGGAGGGUCCCGGGAGUUGCACCAACCAUUGUCAGAGCAAACACAGAGGCUAACGAAAAGCGUCCAUUCAUGUGUCCCUAUCCUGGGUGUAAUAAACGCUACUUCAAACUCUCUCACCUGCAAAUGCACAGCAGGAAACAUACAGGUGAGAAGCCUUAUCAGUGUGAUUUCAAGGACUGCGGUCGACGAUUCUCCCGUUCAGAUCAACUUAAACGACACCAGAGAAGACACACUGGGGUAAAGCCAUUCCAGUGUAAAACAUGUCAGCGUAAAUUCUCCCGCUCUGACCAUUUAAAGACUCACACUCGAACUCAUACAGGUAAAACAAGAGCUGCUGGCCGAAACGCAGCCUCCUUGAGCUGGGAGGGCAGGAUGGUUGGGCCUGCGGACUUCUCCAUGACCACCAUCAAUGCCACUCCAUGAAAGGUCAACAGAGAAGUGUGUUUGUAGUAAGGGGAGAGACAGAUAUGCCAGUUUUUGUUUUAUUUAAAUACCCACCCCUAAUCUGCACCCCACCAACCCUGAAAGUGCACACAGAAGAGAAUUUUGUUAUAAUCUUUGAUGCUUUGUUUGGAAACCAAGUCAAGUGAAAUUUUCACCAGUAGGAUUCAAGAGCAGCCCAUCAAACCCUCCAAGAUGAGUUUUUCUGAAAUGUUAUUUUUAUGCUUGUUUAGAAUGUAACGAUUCCACCACCUCCAGACCCAGUUCAUAAGCAUGUAUAAGUUCUAUUUGCCCAAUAAGGAGGCAUUCUGUUUACCUAAGAUCAGAGAAAUUUGGAAAUGGUUGGCAAGAUCCAAAGCUUAGGGAGCCUUUAAAUAUUUAAAAGGUUGUGCUGGAAUUAAAUUAGUUAACGGUGAGCAAGCUUCCUCUUGGUGGAAGCACUCUGCCAUGUUCCCUUGGCUAAUGUUUCGCAGAAUUACCUGAACUGAGUUGAAAGAAUCCCUUGUCCUUGAAGGUAGAACUACUUUCACAGAAUUUAUGGAGAUGCACAAUUGGUUUGAAAAUCAGCAGUGCUUUUAAGUGCUGUGGACUUAGCUAACUUAGGUUUUAAAUGUUCGAGUUUAUCAUGGAGGGUUGAUUUUCUUGUGCCCUUCCAGUGCUAAGUAUAACUUGUUGGAGCUGUUUGGAUUCUAAGACCCAGCUUAGUUUAUCUGCCACCUGACACCCUUUUCCCCAAGUGGGAUUAGAAUUCAUCCUAGGAAUGAAAAAAUAUUUUUCAUGAUUUUAUUAUUGUUUCAAAAAUUUUAAAACUUUCUGUGUAAAUUGUACUUUUGGCUAUCAUUAUAGUUAAAGUAACAUAGUCCUCAAAGGGUUAAAAUUUGCUCCAAUCUUUCACAGCAUCAAUGAUUUGUGAAAUAACAAAUGUUUUUAGUUUGAUUUAAUUUAAUUUUAUUGCACUUAUCCUUUUGUUGACAGCAUUUUCAUAUGAACACAUGUAAACUGUAUAGCUUCUGUCUAAUAUAUAUAAAACUUAAUAUCAAAGUAUAGCAGGACUUUAAUAGUUAUGUAAUUCAUGGGCAGCUUGACUUAAAUUCAUCCAAUGUACAAAAUUAAAUGGUUAUUGCCUUAACGCAUGGAUACAGAUACCAGAGUCUUUGGGUUUGGGAGAGGGCAUGUGUCCAGUAUAACUCGGCCCACCAACAGAGGGAUCUGUAAUAAUUGAUUGCAAUUAUACUCCAUUGAAGUCAAUAAUAUGCAAGAUGUAAAACUAACAUCUCAGCUAAUGCUCUUUGGUUGGAUUUCAAUCCACAUAUUCAGUUAAUGUUUUCCCAACUGACUACAAAAAUAUAACUGAAUGAAAAUUCAUGAACAUUCCUUUUGAGUUGAAGGUCUUGUUGCUUGUCGUUAUGCGAAAGCCUAAUAUUUUUGUGCCAAAUUUCUGUUGCUGACAUUUUAAUGGCAGUGCCAAUCUCUUUAAGAUAUGAUAACUGGGUGAAUACUAAAAUAGUGGCAAUGACAUAAUCACAUAAUCAACACAAUUUCUUUACUUUCAAUGGUCUACACCAUAAGUUAGUUAUAAAACACCAUGUAGUAUUGAGAUUAUGCAAGAAAAUAGACUAAUGAAGCAUCAAAUAUUCUUAUGCAUCCUAACUAUAAUAAAUCUUGACUCCAUACCUGGUAGAGUCAGUCAGAAAGGCCAAAAGCCAUGAUGUUGAAAAUUGAACAACAGUUAUGUUGGUACUCUUUCUGGCUUACAGUUGAAAUAGCAUGUUGGUGCAGAGGGAAAGGCUUUGGAAUCUAUAUAGAGCUGUGACAUGAUGCCAAAGCCCCCAAUUCCCCAUUAAAAGUGAUGCUUACAGGGAUCAUGUAUGUACCUUAGAAUGUUCACAUACCUUAGACUUAUUCAUUGAAAACAAGAUUUCUAGCACUCAGAAUCUGCCAAAAUGUCAUUUGUGAGGGUCAGUAUAACAGGGAACGUCAAUGAUACUACAACAAAGAGGAUGGCUCUUUUUUUUAUAUUAGAUUCUUACAGUAUGGAAACAGACCCUGUCCAUUACACCUGUUUUGUCUCAAUGAAAGAACUAACCAAUUAAUUCGACCUCGUACUCUAUUCCUUUAGCUCUGCAAAUUUUCCCCAUUGAGUAUUUGACCAGUUCCCUUUUCAAUCUUAACAAUGAGUCUGCUCCUACCACCCUUCAAGCAGUGCAUUCCAUACAGCUCUCAGCAUAAAUUUUAUCAUUCUCAUCUCAUCUCUAGUUCAUUUGACCUUAAGUCCGUAUCCUCUCAUUGUCAACCCCCCAAAUCCUAAAAAUAUUUUCUUGUUACUUCUGUCUCAGAAGGUAGUGAAGUAUGGAAGUCUUCAUCAGACAGGACUGUAGACUCUGGGUAGUUAAGUAUAUUCAAGACAGAGGUACUAUAGAUAGAUAGAUUUUAAUCAGUAAUGGAAUAGAAGCUUAUUGAGAAAAGGCAGGAAAGUGGAGUUGAGAAAUAUUAUGUUAGACUUGAUCUCAUUGAUUGAUGCAACAGGGUAACUUGCUUCUGUCCCUUUGUCCUAUGGGCUUAUUUACUGAUCAGAGCCAUUCACAAAUUUGCCCUUCGUCAGAUCUUUCCUUGCACCUCUCUGCUGUGAGGACAAAAAUAAAACAAAUUUUCCAGUCACACAAGAUAACUAAUGUCCCUCAUCCCUGGUACCAUUCCAAUAAAUUUAUUCUUCACCCUGUCCCAGGCCUCACUAUAUAAUUUCAGUGAAUUAAUUUACAUUCUAUUAGCCUAAGUUGGAUCGUCAAGGAAUUGAAUCUGAAAUGAUGGUAUGUAAUCCCGGCAGCAUCUGGUUUUAAAAAUCUCACUGGUGUAGUUCAGACAAAGGGGAAGGAUGAUUCAUGAAUCUUGGGUUCUGAUCUAUGACAACAAGUUCAGAAUAAUGAACUUAGUUUGCCUCGAAGACAGAUUGAGGGGGUGAUGUGAUUCUUUAAAAUGCUGAGCAAUGUGACAUACGUAGGUGUAACUUGGGCUGUUAAUACAAACUAAAGAGAAUUUAGAAAAUUAAAAAUUCAAAGAAAAGAGAAGACAUUGUUUUUCAUUGAGUAGAGGCCAUAUGCUGCAAAUUAAUAGUAUGGCUUCAAAAUACCAUUAAUAAAUGGAUUAGGCCAUUCAACCCAUUCAGUUAGAUACUGACUGAUCGGCAUCACAACUUCAGUUUAGCUACAUUAUCUUUCAUGCCUUACAUAACACAAACUUGACCUCAGUUCAAAUUAGCUCUACUUGUCUAACAAGCCAUAACCUAUUUCAAGGUGAGUUCCAGAUUUCCACAAUGCUUUUGUGAAAAACUACCUUCUGAUUUGUUCCUAUAUGGUUUAGCUCUUACCAGAAUGAAUAGCUUCUUUAUUUGUUCCCUACCACACCCUUCUAACAUCUUAUGAACCUGAAUCAGAUCACUCUGGGAGUUCCUGGUUUUAAGGAAAUGUUUUUGCAAUAUGUCUCAAAACAUAAAGUUCUAAAAACCAUAGAAGGAGUCCAUUUGAUCCAUCAUGUCUCUGUUGGCUCUUUGCUAGAAUUCAAAACAACUCUCUUGGUCUUAUUGAUGCCCAUGGUCUUGUAUAUUUUUCUGCUUCAAGUAUUUAUAUAGUUUUAUCAAACAGUACAGAAGUUUCUGCUUCAACCACCCCCUGAACUAAACAUUCCACACUCCCACAAUUUUCUGUCAAAAAACAGAUUUCAAACUCUAUUCCAGUGAUGUGCUUAAACCAUUGAAUUCCCUUUUCUUUGACUUCCUAAUCAGAAGGAACAUCCUUAGUAGUUUAAUAAAAUCUACCCAGGCUGUAUGGUAAGAGCUGGUGCAUUGCGAGUCAUCCUUCUUAUAUAGUUUCCCAUCUUUGACACAAUCAUGGAGCAAAAUCAGGUUAAAUUAAUUAACACUGUCAACAAAAUCUUAUAUGAAUGUCUGGUUGAAGAUAGAAUUGGAGAAAACCCAGGGAUAAUCCCAGGGAGUAGCACUUUAUAAAUAAUUCCAUUUAAGAUCUUGUUUAAAAAUGGUGGACUGAAUGGCUCUCCUUCUGAGCUGUAAUUAUUCUGUGAUUUAAAAGCUAGGUAUCAGCAAAGAUGCUAAGAUUACCUAUGGGACAAGAUAAAAUCUAAGGGGCUGCGCUUCAGAUGUAGGAAACAAUGGGUCAGACUGAAUAGCAGUCAUAUCUAGUUGAUGAAUAUUAUGUUGUAGAAUUUGCAGGAAUGUUUAAAAAAACAUGGUGUUUGUUCGACAAACCUUAUAUUAGUAUGUUCAGAUUCCCUCAGGAGGUUAAAAGGGUAGGAUGUGGUUUGUGAAGAGGGAAUUAUAAAUGGACAGGGUAGGAAUAGACUUGAUAUCCAGAAUGAUCAUUUUUCUUAUUCACUGUUUUUCUAUAUUGGUAUUCUCUUCUGAAAACACUGUAAUUCCAAGAAAAUGAUAUAUCAGUGGCAACAAAAGAAAAUGUACAUGCUCUAAAUUCUUGUUUUACACAUAAUGACAUUGAUCCUUGCCUUAUUUACUUUCCUUGAGAGUUGAUGAAUAAUGACACCAAUGAUACAAGUAUGAAAUUUCAGUAAUACAAUAAUUUUGCGAUUUGGUUUAAUUAUUGUAAUAUGUACAGAUAUACUGACAAAGAAACAAACUACAAGGGUGCUUCCCAUGAAUUAAACCACUACAAAAAGUCCUGUGUAACACAUUCAAAGAGAAUAUAGAUCUCAAAAGUAGAUCAAAAUUCUAAUUGAUCUAAUCCUUAAUAGAUCAUGUUUAAGUAAUAUCAGCGGCGGUACCUUGAAUGUAAAAAAAAAUAAAAGUUCAUUAGGGCUGCUGUUUUAACAGGUGAAAAGCCCUUUAGCUGUAGGUGGCCAAACUGUCAGAAGAAGUUUGCCAGGUCCGAUGAACUGGUUCGCCACCAUAACAUGCAUCAGAGAA